GAGGAGGAGGAGGAGGAGGAGGCGGCUGAGCGGGCAGGAGGCUGCUGGAGCUCUGACAGGAAACUUUCCUCUCCGCUCGGUCCUCAGCACUCAGACUUCACUUUACCAUCUGAAAUGCACUUGACUGGACCGCGGAGGUUCUGACCCAGUGUCCCGGUCAUGGCUCUCCAUCUUCACCCGCCGACAGCUCGUCACUGAAGACAACAGCACCUUCUUUCUUUUUUACAGGAUAAACUUUGGAAUAAAUGACAUUUUUCUGCCUUUAACGCACCGGACGUGAGGAUGGACGCGCUGUUUUACCUGCUCGCCUUCAUGCUGGCCCGGCUCAGUUCGGGUCUCGGGUACUCGGAGUCCAGUAUCCAGGCGGGCCAGAGAGCAGCCAGCAGACACAGGAACUGGUGUGCGUAUGUGGUGACACGCACCGUGAGCUGCGUGAUGGAGGACGGGGUGGAGACGUACAUCAAACCAGACUACCAGCGCUGUACGUGGGGCCAGUGUCCGAGAGUGGCAUACCGGACCUACAGGAGGCCGAGGUACAAGGUGGCUUACAAGAUGGUGACAGAGAUGGAGUGGAAGUGUUGCCACGGUUACUCUGGAGAAGACUGCCAUGAUGGGCCGAGGGUCACCACCGACACCCAGGUGAACGGAGGGCGACCCCGCGUCACGCAGACGGGCCACAACACAGGCGGCGGCCAGAGAGGAGAGAGCAGAGAUGGCGACACCGAGAAGAUCCGCCAGCUGGAGGAAACCAUCCGCGGUCUGACCAAAGACCUCCACAGCAUGCAGACCACCAUCCACGGCAUAAACCAGAGGCUGCCGGGUCUGAACGGAGCGGUCGUCCCUGCUGAUUCAGCUCAGCCACACAUGAAGGAAACCAUCAACAGCAUCCAGACGAAGCUGGACCAUCUGUACAACAGGACGCAGGUCCAUGACCAGACGCUGCUCACCAUCAACAACCACCUGGUGAACGGAGGAGGCAACGAGCUGGACGGAGUGGCCAGAGGAGGAGGAGCCGGAGGAAACCAGCUGAACAGUCUGAAGGAGGAGAUACUGACGGAGCUGGAGAGACGGGUGACUCUGUCCUGCUCCGCCUGCCAGGCGGGUGUGGAGGACCUGAGGCGGCAGCAGCAGGAGGACCGUGAGCGGAUCCAGGCCCUGGAGAAGCUGCUCAGCUCCAUGGACCAGCACCUGAGGCAGAGCCUGGACAUCUCCCGCAGUGAGACCCAGCGCUCCCAGGCCUGCUGCAACACCGUCACCGAGCUGGAGAGGAGACUGUCCGAUGUAGAAGUCAGCGUCACCUCCACAGCAAGCAAGUGCGACGCCAUUAAAGGGCGGCUGGACAAGGAGCUGGCCGGGGCAGGUGGAGGGAAGGGGAGGGUGACGGAGGACCGGUUGAAUGGCAGACUGAGGGAGAUGGAGAAGAGGGUGAAUAACACGGUGAGAAAGGUGGAGCAGAGGUGUACGAACACCGGGAACAACGUGAAGGACAGCGUCCAGAGAGACGUCACGCAGCUGCGCAACAACGUGCUCAGUCGGCUGGACGAUCACAGCUUCAAGAUCGGCAAGAUCGAGCUGGACGUGUCUGUUCUCGGAGAUACAGUCAGGGACCACAGCCGGCGACUGAGUCAGGUGGAGAACAUCACGACCUUCCUGGACCGAAGACUGACGUCUCUCACACAGAUGUGCAACGAGACCUGCGGGCCUAAUGGAAACGGCCGCAAGACUGAUGACACUGUGAAAACCUUGGAGUGGAGAGUCGUCGCCAACGAAGAGGAGAUCCAGAAGUUUGACACCAGGUUGAAAGAUUUAUCCGUAUCAGGAGACUCGCUGUUUGACAAAGUGUUCAACUUAAUGGACGACGUCAAAAAGAUAAAAGAAGUGACCGGGGACAACGGAGAGCGCUUCAACCGGAUCGUCACAGAGGUUGAGACGCUGGGCCGUGACCUCGAGGACUGUUCUGUCUGCAGCAGUGUGGAGGACGACUUGCGCUCGCUCACCAACUCCACCAUGACCGGCCUCAGCAAGUGCCAGGCUGAGCUGACGGAUCUGCGGAGGAAGGUGGACUCGGGAGAAUCUGCCUGCUCUCAGGUGUGCUCCAACCUUCAGGAGGAGGUGGGCCGACUCAGAGAGGAAGUGGGGGAGUGUACUGGGCAGUGCAAAGUCAACAUCAACGACCUGAAGAAGCGGCUGAACGAUCACAGCGUCCACAACGGAAGGUUAGGAGGGGAUCUGAAGUCCAUCCAGGGAGAGCUGGCCGGGGUCAUGGUCACGUUUAACUCCAUCAACAGCACUCUGAAGGGGCUGGGAAGGACGGUGCAGACGCAUGGGAACAGGCUGACGGACCUGAGCAGCAGCAAGGACAACAUCCUCUCUGAGGUGGACGACCUGCAGAAGGAGCUGACGGACCACAUCGACGACUCGAAGACUCGAUUCGGCGGUGUGAACAAGGAGAUCCAGAUAAUAAGGAGCAACGUCAUGAUGGAGAUCGGCGAGUGCCGGCGGUCGAGCGACGGCCUGGACCGACGACUCUCCAAGCUGGAGGGACUGUGCGGACGCUUCGACUCCGUCUCAGACAGCCUGGAGAGGAUCAAGGAGGGCCUGAACCGACAUGUGUCUGGGCUGUGGAGCUGCGUUAAUGGCCUCAAUGUCACAGUGACGUCUCAAGGAGAUCUUAUCCACGAUAUCCAGACCGUCCAGCUGGAGAACGUCCACUCCGACAUACGCAGCCUGAACUCCUCCGUCUUGGACUUGGCCAAAGAGUUCUACAGCUUCCUAGAUCAGGACUUCAUGGGUCCGCCUGGUCUACCGGGCCCCCGCGGAGAGAGAGGCGAGCGUGGAUCUCAGGGUCCUGUUGGACCCCCGGGACGGGUGGGACUCCCAGGCAGGGAGGGCAGGCAGGGACCAGCUGGACCUCCAGGUCUCAGAGGCGAACAGGGUCCUGCAGGCUCCGACGCCCACGUGCCGCGCCUCUCUUUCUCGGCGGCGCUCACUCGCCCGAUGAGAAGCGCAGGAACCAUCAAGUUCAACGAGCUCUUUGUCAAUGAAAACAAUGUGUAUAAUCCUCAGACAGGUUACUUCACAGCUCCAGUCAGUGGGAAGUACUUCUUCAGCGGCAUCCUCACGGGCCACAAGAACAUAAAGAUUGAGGCCGUGUUGUCCAAGUCCAACACAGGUGUGGCCCGGGUGGAUUCAGCCGGGUAUCAGCCUGAAGGCCUGGAGAAGCCCAUGGCGGAGGCCAAACACAUCCCCGGAGCUCUGGCUGUCUUCAACAUCAUUUUGCCGAUGGAGAAGGGCGACACGGUCUGCAUCGACCUCGUCACCGGCAAGCUGGCCUACUCGUCUGAACCCUUGACCAUCUUCAGCGGGAUGCUGCUGUAUGAAACCAUCUGACUCAGUGAGCAGCAGUCUCGUCACACUCGAGUCUCUGUGGACCAAACUUUCAGCGUGAGAGCGUCUGAUCUGUCUGCUGGACUGUAAGAGACAGAACCACAGGCUGGAGCGUCAGAGGCACCGAAACAACCGGACUGGAUUCAUUCAGCGAGGAGAAAAAGUACUUUAUAUUUUACUCUACGUCCGAAGGGAAGGAAGCCAUUCUUUUCUCUUUAACCACAAUUAUUUUUUUUUGUGUGUGUGUUUCACAGCUUUAAGGAAAAAAAAACUAUUCAAGCAAAGAGCCAUUGUGUUUUUACUCUCAGAUACAGAGUUUUCUUAUAAUCUCAUAUUUCACACCCGUGUUAUAAACUUGAAUUCUUUUAUUGAUUGAACUGAGGAGAACCUUCAGGCCUCGCUCGUGUUAAUGAAAGGAAAAUCUGUGAGGCGGAAGAAUUUGAAGGAUGUGAGGUUUUAUGUUGUCAGUGUGUGUGUGUGUGUGUGUGUGUGUGUGUGUGUGUGUGUGUGUGUAAUCCACCCAUAGCAAAUCAAAUGUCUGAGUUCAUGAUGUCGCUCUCAUUCCCGUCAUGCUCGCAGUUUCAAUUUGACCACAAAAACAAAAUUCCCAGAAACACAAAAAACCCCUGAACGGCGAUUGUUCUGGAGCAGAGUGAUGCAGAAACCACGGCUCUUUAGAAGGAAGCGCUCAAAUGAAGUCACUGACAGUUCAGUCGGAAAAAGCCGCAGGAUUUUUAUAUAAAUCACACAACAGUAACACAAUACGACCAUUUUAGGACAUCAGCUGUGCCCAGACACACAGAGAAGGGGAGGUGGAGGACGACCUCCGGGAAGAAUGUGGAUUUGUUUUUUUCUCCCUCUGUCCUAAUAAGGAACAUCUAAACUGAGCGCAGGAUGAAGUAUUUAAAGUUAAGACGCUGUUACUAUCUUUACUUUCAUGUAAAGCUAACAAUAACAAAUGUUAAAGCUUAUCUCUGCGCCUCCUUCACCAACACACACACACGUCCUGCCUGUUCCAAGUGUAAUUAAAACAUGCUGCAUGAUAUGAAGUUUGUAGAUAUUCUUGAAUGGAUUUAAAGGAACAUUGCACAUUUUCUGCAGAGGCAGUACAACAGAUUGGGCCACAUGUUGCUUCACAUAUAGUGUUCAGUGUGAGAAUGUAAUGUUAUACGUUUCUAUGCAUUAUAUAUAUAUGUAUGUAUAACCUUGAAAGAAUGUAAAUAUUCCUCAGCAGUUUUGCCCUGUUUGUAUGAGUUACCACUUCACGUUGCCUGGUACUGUGUAUUUGUUGUAUCUCUGUCUCUGCCACGUGUGCCUGAAAUACAGUUUUACACAGCCGAUGUCAACAAUCUCACUUUUAUCUGGAUUGUGUUCUUUUUAUUAAAUGAGCGAGUGUGUG